AUGAAUCCCGAUUCGAAGUUGCUCCUGGAUGAGAUGCAUCGUCUCUUCAAGGAGCAGAAGUCGCAGAUCGAUAAGCGGUUCGCGGAGUCGGACCGCAAGCUCGACGAGCGGUUCACUGACAGCAGCCGCAAGCUCGACCUCCGCUUCACCGAGGUGGACGACACCAUCACCACCCGCAUCGUCGAGUUCGACACCAACAUCACCAAGCGCCUCGCCGACUCCGAUCUGAACUGGGAGCGUCGCAUCACCGACUCCGAGCUCUGCCAGUCCACGCUCAUCUCCGAGGUGGACAAGCGCCAUGACUAUCGUGUCAGCAUCAUCGCCAAAGCGGCCGGGGAUCUGGAGGCCUGGCGUCAGGAUUUGGAGGGCGCGGUGGACGACCUCAAGCUCAAGGUCGACAAGUUGAACAAGUACUGGGAUCGAUCCUUCCUCGCCCAAUCUACGGCUUCGACGAGAGUGAUCUCCUCUACACCAAAUCUGUUGGAGCAGACCGCCACGAACACAUCUGCGAACAACACGGCUUCUCGGCCCAGCGGGCACCACGUCAUCAUGACUACACGGGUGGAUGGAUUUGGGGGGAAUUCUCCUCAAUUCCAUUCCCCGGCCAAUGGUAUGCAACUGAAUCCCCAUGUUGGUACAUCUAUGUUGCAUGGAGCCGUUCCUGAAACCCAACCCCAUGGUCAUCCACCCGAAAACCACCACCACAACGACAAUGGUCGCCUGCCUAAGCUCAAUUUUCCUUUCUAUGAGGAUGAAACCACACGCUUAUGGAUUUCCCAAGCAGAAGAUUACUUUGAGAUGUAUGAUGUACCCCUCGCCGGUGGGUCAAAGUGUCCCCGUGACAGAUUGUCACGCCAAAUGUUCCACAUCCACCAAUCCUCCACGGUCACUGACUAUGUUGAGCGUUUCUCCACCUUGUUUGAUCAACUCAAAGCCUACCAGCCAAAGCCUGAUCUCCACUAUUACACCACCAGAUUUGUGGACGGCUUUAGGCAUGAUAUUCGCAUGGUAGUUGCUUUACAGCGUCCUUCCGAUCUGGAUACUGCGUACACGCUUACCUUAUUGCAGGAGGAGAUGGCCGAUUCCAACAAGAGGAGUGAAUUCCACGCUCAUGAUCGUGGAGCAAGCUUCAAGUCGGCAAUGCGCUCGGCUGUGCCUGCAACACGGCCAUUGCCGGCUGCUGCCGCUGCUGGGGACAAGCCGUUGCCCAAGGCGACCGCUCCUGACACUGAUGACAAGCUUUCAAAGCUGCGAUCCUACAGGCGAGCCAGGGGUCUCUGUGACGUCUGUGCACAGAAGUGUUUUCGCGGUCACAAGUGUGCGACAACUAUCUCAUUGCAUGCAAUGCAAGAAGUAUGGGAUCUAUUUCAUCCGGAAGAGAUACCUGGCAGUACUGAGGAAGAGCAGGACUCUCCGGUGGAUCAGCCAGAGCACCUAUGUUUGGCUCUAUCAUCUGAUGCGUUGAGAGGUACCCGAGGUAGACAGACCAUUCAGUUCCAUGGUAAACUUCAGGGUCUUCCUGUCACAGUGCUGAUCAAUUCCGGCGGUUCGGCCUCUUUUCUGGCUGCGUCAGUUACUGAACAAUUGCCCCAACUGCAUCGUACACCGCUGAUGGCAUCAGUAAAGGUCGCUAAUGGACACUUGAUCCACUGCUCAGAAGCUGUACUUGGCUGCUGCUUUUCAUUGGGGGACUACCAGUUUCAGCAUGACCUCCGUAUCUUGUCAUUGGAAUCAUAUGACCUUAUUUUGGGCAUUGAUUGA